GAUGAGGAGGAGGCCGACGACGACCAACAGAACGAAGACAAUGACAACGACUCGGAGACCGCAGAGGCAGAGGAAAGGGAUGUCCGGAAGAUUGGGCGCAGUUUUUUCGACGACGAGGCGGAGCUGUCCGGCGAUGAGGACGACGUGUCCAGCGAUGAGGAGGAGGGCGACGGCGACGACCACUACGACAACGACGGCGCCGAUCAGGAGGACCUGCCGUCGGACGAGGAGCUGAGGAAACAGGUCGAGCGGAUCCACCAUAAAAAACUCUUGGAUGAAGACAAGCGACAACUAAUGGUCUUAAAGGAGAUGAUGUUCGCCGACGGAGACCUUCACGACGACGACGCCGUCCGGCAGAAGAAGUUUCGCUGGAAUUUCGGCCAAAACGACGACUUUGUCAACGAUUACGUGAACGAAGACUCCGAAGGAGAUUACGUGGACUCCGACGACGAGAAGGAUGCCGUCAAGAGUCCGGCGCUUAAAAUGUCGCUGAAAAUGACGGUCGAGUCGGAGACCGAAACCAAGACUGACCACAACUUAGAGAAAUUAAAGUCGAGGUUUGGUCUCAAUCUGAAGGCUGUCAACACGACUGGGGAUAAGGAGUUUGUUCAGAAAAAGACGGUUAAUCUGCAGAGUUUUGUGGUGAGAGACGAGCGCCUGAAGACAUUGUGCGCCCCGAAGAGAGCACUUCCCACGAAUGCCAGCCAUUCGUUCAAAUCCAAUAAGAAGUUGAAGGCGUCGAAGAAAAAGGAGACAAAAGUAUCGAUUUUCGAUUUGAUGUGAAUUUUAAACUUAAUUUGUAGUUAUAUUUAACUUUUUAUUUAAUUUUUUAAUUAAAACCAAUGCCUGUAUUAAAAACGUAUGUCUUUUAUAUUGUGUUUAAAAAAUAAAUACUUAAUUAAACCGAAA